AUGUGUGCUUGCUCGUUUGAUAUGUUGUUCACAUUUGUAUAUACGGGAUGGGAAGGAACUGCCAAUGAUGCAAGAGUACUCAUGGAUGCCAUAUCGAACGAAGAAAACAAAUUCCCAAUGCCCAGAGAAGGAAGGUACUAUGUUGUUGACUCCGCUUACACAAACAUGCCUGGGUUUCUGACACCCUAUCGUGGAGAACGGAAUGACGAACUGUUUAGUCAGUUCAUGGCAGAAGAUCUUCUAGUGGCAGAUGAAGAAAGUUCAAGUACUGGUCAAGAAAGCACAUCAAUUGACAUUGAUGUAAGCGCAGCGAAUAUUGAGCUGAUGAAUAAUGUUAGAGAUGACAUAGCAGGGACAAUGUGGAUUUAUCAUCAACGCCGACAUCACCACCAACACCUUUAG